AUGAAUCCCGCCUGCAAACUGAGUUUACAGAGCCGCGAGUGCCAGGACUGGAUGAGCGAGGUAUGUGCCCAUUGCAGCCACCUGCUGCCCGAUCCCAGGCAAGCAGAGCUCUGGGACACCUGGUGGCCGGAUGAACCGGCGGCGCCCUACAAGCCUCGCGUCAGCCUGAUGUCGGCCUACGACUGCCACAAGCUGCGCAAAGAGGUAGCACGCGAGGUGACCAAGCGGGAAAAUGUGGAUGACCAUGACCACGGCUUGGGUGAAGGUGACCAUCCGGUUGGGUGGACGAUCUGCCGAAUCAUACUGGUGAUCCUAGUACUGGCCACUGUUCUCUUUACCAUAGUAUGUGCUUUGCAAAUGAUAAUUGGUGGAAUUCGCCGAUGGAUACAGCCCCCUUUAGAGCAAUGCAUGUCGGACGAGAAACACAAGACACCGCCUCCAAAGACCGACGUGGAAACCCCCAAACCUCCACCGGAAGAGCCUCCCAAACGGACAAAGGCCCCCAGGUCAUUUAUCUCCUUUGGGCGGAACUCCGAUCCACGCACCCAUUAUGGCCCUUACAAGAACCAGAAGCUAUUUAAGACCGCCUCUGCGCCGGAACAGCCCCUGUCUACCACUAGGCCGGAGGCAAAGGCACAGGCACGGAAAACUCUACGACCCUGGUUCGUCGAACGACCGGAGCACGUCGAACGGCAAUCGCAUAGUAACAAAUCGGCCACAAAAUAA